GACACGAAAAGGAUUAUUCACGCGGACGAAACGUUCAAGCGUUGCGUGGUGAAGCGACUUAGCGCUGAGCAGCUUAGUGGGUCGCAUUCAAUAUAGAAGCAUACUUUUGUGUGUCACUUACACAGUUUUAUUGAAAAUUAAAAAAUAAUUGUUUAUUUUUACAAAAGUUUUAUCAAAGACUGUUUACUUUUAACAAAAAGUGAAGUGUUUUCUGGCGUCUUUUUUAGUGCGAGUGUUUUUUAAAAAGCGUACGCGAUGUGCAGCUAUUACAACGCGCCUACAAGUGUGCUACAUUUGCUCAUCUUGCCGGUCAUCUUGCUGCUGCUGCAGUGCAUACCGAAUGGUGCGGCAAUUAAGUGUUUUGUCUGUGACUCCAGCGAUAAUCCGAGUUGUGAGAAUUUAAAAUCAAAUCAAAGCAUGGUGGCAGAGGAAUGUACUCUUGACAAAAUGCGAACAACCAAUACUUGGCUUUUCGACUUAAAUCGAUUUGCGUACUUCGACACCGGCGCUAGUAAUGGGCCGCUAAUGAACUGCCAAAAAGUGGUGGCCAGAGAUCCAAACACCGGUAAAAUGGUGACAGCACGCUUCUGUCAGUUGGAUACCGCCGAUUCGGAUGCCUGUCAAAUAUUGGGCAACAAAUUGGGUUGGCCACCAGAGUUGGCGCGUAACGCUAACCUCGACGCGGAUGACAAGAAUAAAAAAAACAAGAAGCGUAAGGGUAAAGGCGGCAAUAAUAAUGGUGGUGUAGACAAUCUGGAAGAUUCGGAGCUGCACUGUUCCAUUUGCGGUACAGACGGCUGUAAUGGCAGUUCAAGCAUUUCGGCAUGGAGUUGGUGGUGCGCCGGUACUCUACCAAUGCUUAUAGCAAUUGUCAACAUAUUGCGUCACAGUGUGUGGUGAAUGUGGAGCUUGAAAACUCAAGUGGAGUGCGGCUGAGCUGGCAGAGUUUGAUCGACUAAAAAAUUCAAAUUAUUACAAAAAAUGGUGCAAUAUAAUUUUAAGGUUAAGUUCAAUGGUCAAUGUGUUGUUCAACGGCAAUUUACCGUGUACGUGCAAAUUGUUUGGCAAAAUGAUUGCAGAGCAUUGUGGAGCAUAGCCAGAUAAAUGCCUUGAGUUUAAUAUAGUUUAAUGUGUAGUUGAGUCACCAAAUGUGCACACUGUAAAUAUUCAUUCAAUACUGUUAUCUGUGUAAAUAGGCAUAAACGUAUAAAAAUAUAUAUAUGAAAAUAGAAUUGUUACAAAAAAAAAAUAAUAAAGAGAAAGUUAUUACUAAGGGUUUAGUUAAUGCGGCUUUUGCUUCAGUGAAAUGUUUGUAAAACGUAAAUAUUUAAAUAGAAUAGUGUAUUCUUAGUUUACUAAAUUGAAAUUCUUACAAUAAUGCUAAGAAUUUAUUUUACUUUUUUAUUAUUUAUAUUUUAUUUGAAUUCUAAGCAAAACAAUAUAUUAUAUUAUAUAGCAUGUGCGGAGAGGAAACCUUCCGGAAAUUUUCUCUGAAGUUAAAACACACUCAAGGGGAACACAAUUUUUCCUCAUUUCAAAGUACACGGUCACAUAUUGACAUUUUAAAAGAUCAACUUGUUAAUAUAGAAAGAUAAAAGUAGACUAAUGGUACUCAAUUUUGAUAUUGGGCCUCAAAAUAUGAGCUCAUUUAACAACAGCACUUUCACUCUCUGAAUUUCAGAGAAAUGUGGCAACAUAGCAACAGCGAAAGUGUUACGUGUUGGUGUCGUUGUGACCUCAAAAUAUAAACUCAUUCGAUAAAAUAAUUUUCACUGUAUACAUUUAAUUAUUCCUGGGAAAUGUGGCAACAUAGCAACAGCGAAAGUGUUACGGGUUUGUGUAAACGUGACCUCAAAAAUAUAAACUCAAUCGAUCAAAGAACUUUCGCUGUUUAAAUUUAACUAUUUCGGAGAAAUGUGGCAACAUAGCAUUUCAAUGGCGAAAUUAUUACGGGUUUGUGUCGUUAUGACCUCAAAAUAUGAAUUCAUGUAACAAGAGAGCUUCCACUGUUUAAAUUUAACUAUUUCAGAGAAAUGUGGCAACAUAGCGUUAAAUGGGGAAAUAAGUGGGUUUGGCCAUAUACUAUACUUAAGAAAACAUACCAAACAGGCAUGCUUUUUAAGCAUCAAAGACAUCAAGCAAAAUGGACUGUACGUAUAGAGAUUAUUUAGGGAACUUUCUGUACUACAUAGUUUUUAUAACACUAAUAAUAAUGAAUGAUAAGUACUGCUUAUUAUACAAUUCGUAUGGAGAAAUUUCAUUUUUGUCUUUUAUUUUCGCUAAAAAUUCAGAACUUUCGAUUCUGAGAUACUAAAUCUUCUCUCUAAACUUCUAAUAUUAGAGGUUUCUUAUUCUGAAGACUUAUUAGACAUGACACGAAAAUUUCUUUUACCUAAUGAUCAGUGAUUAAGAGUUUAUGGUAGAUUGUAUUUUUAAAGGCAAUUCCGUGUGCGAAUAAAUUUGAAAUAAAAUAUUAAUAUUUAGAUGCAAAUUCACCGUCAUAAUUCCAUAAUUCAAAGGAUAAGUGAGCAGUUUGGCUACUCAGUUCCUUCCGUGUACUUAAAUACACAAAAAAGUUUAUGUCGCAAUACUUAUAUUUUAUCGGACUCUAGAAUUCAGGCAAGCUUUUAGUUUAAGGGGAGCCUUUUAAAAUUUUCUAGACACUACUAUUCUAUCUCUUCCUCUUCUCAAUAUAACAUUUACCUACUGUUUUGACCUCAGAGAUGAGUGUGCUGUAAAGAAACACUUUACUACGUUCAAACAGGCCAAUUUGCUGUGGCAAUUGUGAUCCGUUACUCCGUGUAAACAAUUGGAUUCAAAAUUGAAGAUUUCAAAUAUUUUUAUUUUGAAAUUUUUUUAUAAUGAAAGCCGCUUUUUUUUAAUAACAAUUUACAGAGUUGCAUAGAAUUAAAUUUGUUUAUAAUUUCAAUUUGUGCUCAACUGAAACUAAUUGUGCAAUUAGCUAAUUGUUCUAUUGUAUGUCAAAUCAUUUAUUGAUUGCAGCGUUACGACUAUGUUUGAACAUGGACUAAAUUUUUUAAAAUUUUUCGAAAAUAUAGUUUCGCCUAGUUGCAUAAAAAAUAUAAUAGUUUUUUUAUGUAAAAAACAGGAAGCGUGCUUAAUUUUGAUUUAUGCUACUGACUGGUUUCGAAUAUUCUUCUUCUUUAUUGGCGUAGACAUUUUGAAUAUUGAUUAAUUAAAAAAUAUGAAAAAAUAAAAACUAAUUUUACAAAUUUCAAAAUGUAAUUUCAUAAAUAUAUUUUUUUUAAUUAAUAAGAAUUUUUUUUAUCAAAAAAUUAGUAAAUAUUAAAAACAAAUUAAAAAUUAUAUAAAGACCAUGUGGUAAUUUUGAUUUUUAUAAAUUAUAAGGAUUAAUAUUCACCAAAUGCCUUUAAGUUUUUUAAGAAUAAAAUGGAAAAAUAUGUAGAAAAACGCGUCGAAUGAAAAUAGCGAAAGAAAAUUAUUAAAUUGUUGUUAAUGUUGUAAGUUUCACCAGCAUAAUACGAGGGUAGCUGAGUUGCGCAGAAACUAAUUACGAAAAUUUAAAUAAUAAUCAAUAAAGAAUAAAGGUGCGAAGAUUUGUAAACAAAUCAAAAAUUAAACAAGUUGCAAGAGUAUAAAAAAGUAGCGAAAAUAUUGAAAAAAAUUAGUAAAAUAUUAAACUGGCAAAUGAGGAAGUGGAAAGCGCAUGGCAAUAAUGGGUAAUGUUACGUAUUUAACCGGAAGUUGUAUAUAUUUAUAUCACAUGUAUGCAUUCCCAAACAAAAAAUAUAUGCAAAUAUUAAUAAUAAAAACAAUUGAUGUGGUUUCGCAAAUGCUUCGGUCUUCAAUAAGCAACAAAUAUUUAUACUCCUGUCUGUUAUAUAAUUAUAAAGUGACUGAGACUUCGAAGCAAGCUUACAAACAAAUAUACUACAACUCAGCACAAAAAAAGUUACACAUUUGAUAACGAUAAGUGAACGCAAUCCAAAAACAUACACACAAACGUAUGCCUGUGUGCGCGUGUGUAUCUGAGGCGGUUGCAAUGCAAAGCACAAGAGCCCAAUAAGAUAUUCAUCACCAAAGCAUUUGUAUCCAAAUAAAAAAGCAUUACAAAAACAACGUGAAAAAUCUGAUAAACACAUACACACACAAACACGUGUUUAAUAAAAAAAUAUUAAAGUUUAUCACGGCAAAGCGGAAAUUAAUUAAAGUUGGAAAUACUUUUAAUUGCAAGCAGCGAAUAAAAUGCAAAAUAUGAAUAAUAAUAUAAACAGGGUAACAAAAAAUGUUUGAAGAGCCACAUGAAGACAGAAAUUUGGCGAUAGCAAACAAGUAAUACACAAUAUAUACGUGCAUGUAUGUGUAGUGAGCGUAUAAAAUAUGAAUGCAAUAAAAAAUCCACUUAAACAAAUAAUGAAAUACCUAGCCUAGCAAUUAAAGUUCAGUGUUAACAAUUCAUAAAUGUAAGCCAACAAAGCAUAUGCAUACAUAGCCAAAUACAUACACACACCAUACAUAAAUAUUGACCAAGUAAUCGUCUGCAUGUUUAUCCAAAAAAAAAAAAAAAUCAGGAAAAAAACAAAAA